GUGGUGGUCAUUGCUCUGUGUAGUCAUAAACAUUUUUCUGUAUGGUUUCAGAGAUGUAUUAUAGUUGUAUCAAUAAUCACUGUAUUAUCUAUAUUGGCAUAUUAAUAUUAAUUCCUCUCUGUUUUUCCAGAAUCCUGUUGUCAUUGCAGUGUCAGUGUAGUCGUGUCCAGCCAGUCUCCUGCAUUACUGUUCCCGCCCUCCCUCUACUCACUGCUGCCAUGCUGUACCCAGCUCUGCUCUGUGCUGCUCUGCUCCUGAUAGCACCCCUGGGGCACACAGAGGGGCGCACCCUGCACCCCUCACCUGAUGCCAUCCAGUUUGUUGAGCAGUUUCUGGAUCGCUACAACGACCUGACCCUGGAUGACCUGGAGAACCUGGUGAGCAGCCAACCAGAGGAGCCCUCCUCUGCUUUUACUUCCACGGUCAAAGUCGCUGAGUACCCCAAAUGGGCUGACAUACCAGCACAGGGCGACAGCACCUGGCUCCGCCUCCUGAAGGGGACCCUGGCCAAUCAGAAAAGAGCUGUGACGGACCGGUCGAGGAGGGGGUGGAACCGAGGAUGCUUCGGACUCAAACUGGACAGGAUCGGGUCAAUGAGUGGACUGGGCUGCUAGUGGAGAGAGAGGAAGAGACUGACGUCCCUCAGGGGAUAUGAGGACGAACACACAGUAGGCUGCUACACAGCACACAGUCAUUUACACACAUGCGGUGAAUACAAGGAUGUUAAUGUGAGUACAAAGGAGGUCUACAUGUAGCGUAGCUGUAGUGUACUUGCUGUAGUGCUAAUGUGGUUCCAUCGAGCUUAAAGAAAGUUACUCUGUAUGUCUCCUGGCUGUUGGAAGGGGUUAGCUGUACUUAUACUGUACAUCUAUUCAUUUGAAUCUUGAAAGUAUCAGAGUUAUGUUUACAUCAAGCUGUUAUUCUAUUUUAAGUCUCUGAGUGUUGUU